CGGGUUAGGUUCCGGUCAAGUUUCUUUAAGCGAACUUCCACAGCAAGUUUGUUCCUGAAAAACAUUUAUACCGCCAAAAAGAUUUCUGUAGCCCAAACACACCCUCUUUGUCGAUUCCGAUUUUGAAUUCAUACAGAAGGAAAAACGCACAAUUGCUUGGCGUCUGUGAAAAAUUACUCGAAACACAUAUCAGCUCUCUGCGAAGAUGCCGAUAGAGAUGCCGAAAGGCUUACCGUUCUCGGUGGACACAUGGACGCCAUGUUCAAAUAGAAAGAGACAUCAUUUUCUAACACACGCCCACAAAGAUCACUCUCAAGGAAUCUCCACUCACUCUUCUUUUCCAAUUUACGCUACCCGUCUCACAAAAUCCCUCACUCUCAACUGUUAUCCGCAGCUUAAUGAGUCGUUAUUUGUGGAUAUUGAGAUUGGUCAGCCGAUUGCUAUUAAUGAUCCCGUUGAAACUUUUACGGUUACGGCCUUUGAUGCGAAUCAUUGCCCUGGUGCAGUCAUGUUCUUGUUUGAGGGCACAUUUGGUAAUAUCCUUCACACAGGAGACUGCAGACUUACACCCGAGUGUUUACAAAGAUUACCCGAGAAAUAUUUAGGCAAAACAUCAAGAGAACCCAAGUGUCGACUUGAUUAUAUUUUUUUAGACUGCACAUUCGCGACAUUUUCUUCAAAGAUGCCUAGCAAACAUCUUGCAAUUCGCCAGGUUAUUGAUUGCAUAUGGAAGCAUCCGGAUGCACGAGUGGUGUACCUAACAUGUGACCUUUUAGGUCAAGAAGAAAUACUUGAAAAUAUCUGCAAAACUUUCGGGUCAAAAAUCUUUAUAAACAAAGAAAACAACCCCGAAUGUUUCCAAUCUCUAUCUCUAACCAUACCCAACAUCCUUUCACAAGACCCAUCUUCAAGAUUCCAUCUUUUUGAUGGAUUUCCACGACUUUCUGAAAGAGCAGAAGCAAAAAUAAUUGAAGCCCGGGCUAAUUUUCAACCCGAUCCUCUUAUAAUCCGCCCUUCCGCCCAGUGGUAUGUCUUCGAGGACGUGUCUUCCGAAUCCGAAAAACGAAAAAACAGUCGAUUUAAAGAAGCAAUCAGGGAUAGUUUUGGAAUUUGGCAUGUUUGUUAUUCGAUGCAUUCGUCUAGAGACGAACUCGAGUGGGCCCUACAAUUACUUGCACCGAAACGGGUGGUUUCCACCACCCCUGAGUUUCGUGCUAUCGAGCUUGGGUAUGUGAGACGCCACUGCUCUUUUGACAAUUUAGCCCCUGAUGACCCUCUUUGGAAGCUUCUAGAUAUUGACCUCGAGGCUCCAUUGGUCAAUGAAGACAUACAAGAGGAAGUUACGGUCAAUAAGAAAGAAAUGUUGACUGUUUCUUCUCCGGUCAAAGGGACGUGUUUGACAUUGUUUGGAAGAGCAAGGGCUGGACUUGGGAAUUCUACACUAAGUUAUGAAGACUUAGUCAAACCCGAAAUCCCGACCCGGAAUGUGGAUGAAGUGGGUUCGGAUGGGGAAGUUCCGGAAGGUCAACAUGAUGGGUCAAAGUCAAACGGACUAACGAAAGGAAUCGGAAAACGGGCAACUCCUUAUUCACCAACGGGAAUGUCAAACGGAGUUAAUGAGAAUAUACGGAAGUUGUACAGAAGUAUGCAUAUUCCGGUUCCUAAACCACUUCCUUCUUUAGUGGAAAUAUUGAAUAAUAGAAAACGAGCCAAAAGAAGUUUCAUGUUGUAAAGUUUAAUUGUUUUUGGCCCGGUCCAGACAGUAGAGUUUUGAACAAACUACAAUUUGUCAAAACUAGACCGGUCCUCAACCUGGUCUUUAUAGACCAGGUCGGACCGGUCUGCGUUUUUUUUUCCCAGAUUAACAUUGACCGCUUGGUAUAUAACACUUUACAUGAAAAGAAAGAAUACUAGUAAUUGCAAGCGUUAUCUUAAAUUUAUGCUUUGGUCGAUUAAUAUGGUAAGAUACAAUGUCAAAUUACAGAUUGUUUAGUAGGAUCCAUUUGAAUGAAAUCUUGUUUUUUGAA